CAUUAUCUUAUCAUACAACUCUCUGUUAUCAAAACAUCACAUCAGUACUGGGCACAGCAACAUCUCAUUUUGACUCCAUCAACCAUUGCAAAUCAUCUUCACGAGCCUCUUCAUCCUAUGGUCGCGCUGGAGUAUGUGCUCACAGAGCAGCAAUGUUCCCUUCUUGGUCUUGAGUACAGGGACGACCCCACAGUAAAAUUAUUAUAUGCCAUCGCGAAAGAAACAGUCGAUCAUGAAAUACGUAUUUAUGAUGCCACUAUUGAUGUUUUCAUGAAUGUUUGCAAUCAAACCAAAACACAAUUUGAACGAAUAAUUGAAGCUAUAAAUGAAGAUGGCCCGUCGUCGACACGCGCGAUGGACUAUGCUCGUGCAGGUUUGGUGUAUAUGAGUACAUGUUUGUACAAGUACCAACAGCAAUCCUCAAGCACUUCAGUAACUGCCCUACCUCCUCCUCCAGAUCUUCCCGAUGGAGUGACUCCAACAGCCGGAAAGCAAGCAGUUGAAGUAUUGCAACAAAUCAAGCCUCAAGGAAAAAAACGUGAUAUGGAUAUAGUUGAUGAAUUCGUUACGGUCUGGAUGAAGGAUCACAAACGCAUGGGCUGAAAAAAGUGUUUCGAUGAAGGACGUACCAACGGGCACUACACGCAUUACAAGGAUGCUAGAUCACUUUCCAUUACGUAUCAUCAAAUGAAGAAGAGAUAACUUAAGUUAAAGCGUUAAUAAAACUGAUUUUUCUCUUGAAAAAAGAACACUGGAAUGAAGACAGUGAGGGGAGUCAAACACUCUAGAGUUUGAG